AUGAUAGCUCGUCUAUCGUGUCUUUCCUGCUUUGACCGCCAGGAGUCUUCUCAGAAGGAAGUAGUAGCAGCUGAAGAAGUCAUCAUGCCUGACAUCGUGCAAAAUGGCAAGGUGCCACCAGCGCCGCCGCCACCACCACCACCGGAGAAGCCACGACGAGCCGAUGGCCGGCGACGUGCCAUGAAAAAAGUCGACGAACUACAUCCGGCUGUGGAACCACCCACUGGGUUAGUCUAA